CAACAACAACAACCACAACAACAACAACAACAACAACAACAACAACCACAACAACAACAACAACAACAACAACAACAACAACAACAACAACAACAACAACAACAACAACAACAACAACAACAACAACAACAACAACAACAACAACAACAACAACAACAACAACAACAACAACAACAACAACAACAACAACAACAACAACAACAACAACAACAACAACAACAACAACAACAACAACAACAACAACAACAACAACAACAACAACAACAACAACAACAACAACAACAACAACAACAACAACAACAACAACAACAACAACAACAACAACAACAACAACAACAACAACAACAACAACAACAACAACAACAACAACAACAACAACAACAACAACAACAACAACAACAACAACAACAACAACAACAACAACAACAACAACAACAACAACAACAACAACAACAACAACAACAACAACAACAACAACAACAACAACAACAACAACAACAACAACAACAACAACAACAACAACAACAACAACAACAACAACAACAACAACAACAACAACAACAACAACAACAACAACAACAACAACAACAACAACAACAACAACAACAACAACAACAACAACAACAACAACAACAACAACAACAACAACAACAACAACAACAACAACAACAACAACAACAACAACAACAACAACAACAACAACAACAACAACAACAACAACAACAACAACAACAACAACAACAACAACAACAACAACAACAACAACAACAACAACAACAACAACAACAACAACAACAACAACAACAACAACAACAACAACAACAACAACAACAACAACAACAACAACAACAACAACAACAACAACAACAACAACAACAACAACAACAACAACAACAACAACAACAACAACAACAACAACAACAACAACAACAACAACAACAACAACAACAACAACAACAACGACAAUAAUGUGCACUAC